UGACUCAGGACAGUCAGUUUAGACCGACAGCGUGCAACAGACUUUAAUCUUUUUGGAUGCAUUACUUCUCUUACCUCGAUUUGUAAUUGGAUUUUCAUUCGAAUAGAAGGCAGGUGUCAUAACUUUAAAAAAUAGUCGCUUUGGAUAAAGUUUCAGUUAUCUUGACGCUUUGACGGAGGCAGGAUUGGAGAGCCGUGAGUGAUUGGUGACCCUGAACCUGAUAACCGUGAGUAAACAUGCCGAGGUCAUUUUUGGUGAAGAGCAAACGGGCGCACAGUUAUCACCAACCCCGUUACCUGGACGACAUCUGCAUCCCAAUUGAGAAACUUCUCACAUGCCAAGAAAGUCAAAUGGGGCAGAUCCCUGAGUGCCCAGUGGAGGUGGGCAAUAAUUCCCCGAAGGCAAGCAUGGUGUGCACAGCAGAUCAUUCCUCUCAGCAGUCCCCGCUGAGCUGCGAGGGCAGUGUGUGUGACCGUUCAUCCGACUAUGAGGACUUCUGGAGACCUCUGUCAUCGGGAACCUCUCCAGAUCUGGAUAAAUGCCCAGUGUCUUCUCCAGAUGACUCUCAGCCCUUUGAUAUGACUUUCCGUCCGUAUGUUUGGGCCCAUUCAACAUCCGAACUUAGACACCUCAUUCAAUCCUGCAAUCGUGUUUCUGUGGAAUCAGAGGCAUCAGUGGGGGUGUACGAUGCCAUGGACAGAAAGCCGGGUGCCCAUCUACUCAUUGAACCAACACAAUCCGGGCGAUUUUACCAGGACUAUGGCUCUCUGACCACUAAUUUGUUGGACAGUAGAGGCUUUUAUGCCGACAUCAAGAUGUCAACCAAAGUAGCAGAAAUGGACUCGGAGUCUGAUAUUAUGUGCACGCGUCUUCAGCUAAACGGGUCGUACAAAUGUGUUAAAUGCACUAAGGUGUUUUCAACCCCUCAUGGGCUAGAAGUUCAUGUGCGGCGGUCACAUAGUGGCACGAGGCCCUUUGCGUGCGAAACCUGUGGAAAAACCUUCGGCCACGCCGUCAGCCUGGAGCAACAUAAAGCUGUACAUUCACAAGAAAGGGUCUUCAGCUGCAAAAUAUGCGACAAAAGCUUCAAGAGGUCAUCCACUUUGUCCACGCACCUCCUCAUCCACUCCGACACCAGACCGUAUCCCUGUCAGUACUGCGGCAAACGAUUCCACCAGAAAUCGGAUAUGAAAAAACACACAUUCAUUCAUACAGGAGAAAAGCCCCACAAGUGUCAAGUGUGUGGCAAAGCCUUCAGUCAGAGUUCAAACCUCAUCACACACAGCAGAAAACACACAGGAUUCAAGCCUUUUGGAUGCGAACUUUGUGGCAAAGGCUUUCAGCGCAAAGUAGAUCUGAGGAGGCACAAAGAAACACAACAUGGACUAAAAUAAUUAGUUGUUUGUUUGCACAUGUGACACUUUGUAGAAUUAGAAGACAGCCUAAUAUUGUGUGGUUUUAUGGAUUAAGGACAUUUAGCUGUCAGAGAUUUCAAUUCCCGUGUUUUUGUAACAAGCUGUGAUAUUUUAUCUUUGCCAAGUACUAAUAAAAAAAGAAAAAAGAAAAAAAAAAUAGAAAUAUAUUGGUUCUUAUAUUUCUACUUCAAAAUAUGUAUUAAAUAUUUAAAUGGAUUAAAAUGAAAUGCUCCAUCAUAAGAUCAAUAUGUAGGUGAAAAAUUUCAUCAAGUCUGUAAAUACAUAUUCUUGUGAUGGUUGCAAUCCUUACAGCAACUUGUUAACAAUGUACCUGUCAAACAAUAACAUUUAAUUUAUGUUGUAGAAAAAAACAUUACAGUACAAAAUUAUCCACUACUUUAAAAAUAUAACCUGCAAUGUGUUG